GUUCCAAAGACCCAAUAUUAAAAUCAAAUUGUAGAAAACAAUAAAUUUGAGAUCUUACAAAGUUACAGACAGGCUGCUCAAUUUUAAAUGGAGCAUACUUAGCAAAAUUUAUGAUAAUGAUAAGGAAAAAAACAAAUGGAACAGUUCAAAUGUUCACCAAAUCAAAUCAAAAUAGCAAUAUAAUAAACCAUUUUGUUCAAACCCAAACUCAUUCUUCACCAUUCACCAAUGGGUAUCCAUAAACCGGUCCAUCAUCUUCUUUGGUAUUCUCUAAUCUUCUUACCAUGUCACUGCUGGACCAGACUCCCGGUUCAGUACUCCAUUGUUGGGUUCGAACCGGAAGAUUUACAGUCUGAUAAACGGAUGAUUGAACUUUUCCAGCAAUGGAGGGCAAAAAACGGGAAGUUAUACGAGCACGCGGAGGAGUCGUUGAAACUUUUCGAGAAUUUUAAACGGAAUAUGAAGUUUGUUGAUAGUAACUCGAACCGGAUCGGGUUCAAUAUUGGUCUGAACUGGUUAAGUGAUUUGAGCAAUGAGGAGUUCAGAGAGAGGUAUUUGGGAAAGGUGAAGAGUCCGGUUCGAUGGGAUCAACGGAGGGACACGCGCAAGAGCUCGGUGGUUACUUGUGACGCGCCGACAUCUUUUGAUUGGAGGAUGAAGGGUGCGGUUACUCCGGUCAAGGAUCAGGGUGUUUUUGGAAGCGGCUGGGCAUUUUCUUUGAUUGGCGCCAUUGAAGGAAUCAACGCGAUCAAUAAGGGAGAACUUAUCAGCCUCUCAGAGCAAGAGCUUGUAUAUUGUGACAAGAAUAAUGGUGGCUGUGAUGGGGAUUACAUGGACAAUGCAUUUGAAUGGGUCAUAAACAAUGGAGGUAUUUAUGGAGAAGCGAAGAACUCCUGCAUUGGAGGUGAUGGUACCUAUACUCCGAACAAGGUAGAAAACAAAAUUGUAAACAUUGAUGGAUAUGGAAAUGUUGAAGAAACAGAGGCAGCUCUCCUGUGUGCCACUGUCAGCCAACCAAUUAGUGUUGGUAUAGAUGCAUCCUCAAUUGAUUUUCAGCUAUAUACUGGAGGAAUUUAUGAUGGUACUUGCUCGAGCAAUCCAGAUGACAUCAACCAUGCAGUUCUGAUUGUUGGCUAUGGCUCUGAAGGGAACAACGAUUAUUGGAUAGUGAAGAACUCUUGGGGAACUAGCUGGGGAAUGGAUGGCUAUAUUUACAUAAGAAGGAAUACUAACUUACCAUACGGUGUUUGUGCAAUUAAUGCCUUAGCUUCAUAUCCGUCUCAGACAACUGUAGCCUCAUCUCCUUAUCCUUCUCCAACACCUCAAUCACCGCCUUCUCAAACACCACCUCCUGCCACCCCUCCAUCUUCUCAAACACCACCUCCUCCUACACCCACUCCAUCUUCUCCAACACCGCCUCCUCUGAUGCCUUCCCCUCCUCCUCCAUCUUCUCCAUCACCGCCUCCUCCAACACCAUCUCCUCCACCUCCACACCCUUCUCCACCGCCUGCUCCCUCUCCUAGUAAAUGUGGGGACUUCUCCUAUUGUCUGCCAGGCCAGACUUGCUGUUGCCUUUAUGAAUCUUUCGGAUUUUGUCUGAUACAAGGUUGCUGUGACUACACCAAUGCUGUCUGCUGUCCUGAAUCAGAUUAUUGCUGCCCUCAUAAUUACCCCGUUUGUGAUGUAUACGGUGGAUUAUGUCUGAAGAAAUUUGACCACCACCUCGGCGUUGCUUUGAUGAAGAAGAAGUGGGCAAAACCCACAUUACCCUGGAUUAAACAUGAAGAGAGUAAGGAAAUGACUUAUCAGCCGCUAAAAUGGAGGAGGAACGGGUUUGCAGCAGUGCGAUGAUCGAUCUUAAUGACUAUGCAUGUCAAUUGUAAUGUUGUUCAAGGUAAAAGAUGUUCAUCAGUUUCGAUCAUCUCCUUCAAUCUGCUAAACAUUCAUGUUAACAAUUGUUGAUCAUUGUCUCAAUUUUGUUGUUAACAUGUUUUAACACGGUGAUAUUAUCAUGAUAUGCCAUUCUUGUUUAGUAAUAAGUUGAGAAGAUUUGUAUCAAAACAUGCAUGUAGAAAGAUAAUAAGUGUGUUUUAGCUAAUGAUGUAAACUCGUAUUCAUCCUCCAUCUGCAGACUGCAGUGUGUUCUGUAAAAUUAAAUAAUUUUUAUAUGCAGCAAUUAAUUAUUAUGUAGAAAGAAAAUGAGUAUUCAGAUUACGA